AUUUUUGAAGUGAUAUAUUGGCUUGACCCAGUCCCUCUGUGACAUGCUUGUAGUCAUAGUAGAGAUGCUGUUGACGGCCGUCAGUAAUGGCUUCCAUAUUUACUUCGUGAUUUUCCUAUCAUUUUUAGCCUCGGUUGUCUACUUAUCUUACCGACUUCUUCGUUUUCCCAAGCCGGGUCCAUAUGUAGUGAAAUCUUUCAUUAGAAAGAACACAGCGAGUAGAAAUUCGCCCGUAAUUAUCGCUCAUCGUGGGGGCGGCCUUGAAGCGCCUGAAAAUACUUUAGCAGCGUUUCGAAAAGCCAAGGAAAAUGGAGCAACGGCAGUUGAAUUUGACUUGGAUUUUACACAAGAUGGUGUGCCAGUAAUAAUUCAUGAUUGCAGUGUAGACAGAACGACUGAUGGAUUGGGUAAUAUCUGUGAACUGCGGUACCAUGAGGUUCAGAGGUUGAAUGCUUCUGUCAGGCAUCCUUUAAGAGAUGAAUUCCCAAACGAGAGAAUACCUACACUUGAAGAGGCCAUCAGUAUAUGCCUUGAACUUGGCCUUCAAAUGUUUAUUGAUGUCAAGMAGUUUACUGGUGUCAGCCAGGUUGCUGCUACACUGAAGGAGCUUUUCACUAGAUACCAGCUUUAUGAUAAAGCAAUUGUAUGCUCGUUCUAUCCAAAUGUUAUAUUUGAGGUGCGUAGGGCAGAUAGAAACAUCUUAACAGCAUUAACAUGGCGUAAAUGUAUAAUCUCCAAGAACCAGAAUGGAGUUUCACGCUACAGAGAGUUAUGGAAACAGAUGAUAACACCAGUGCUGGAUAGAAUAUGGGAAUUACAUCUUCAUUCAUGGGUCUUUGACUUUCUUGGUGUUAGUGUGUUUCUYGUGAAUAAAGAUUCAGUGUCUAAAGUCUACAUGAAAGAGUUUAAAGAACGGGGAAUAACACUGGUAUUAUGGACAGUUAAUGACCYAACAGAAAAGAAUUAUUUUACAAAUUACCUCAAACUACCUAUUAUGACAGACUGUGUGUGCAACAACGCCUCAUUCACAGAAGAAUGAUAAAAGUUGUGUAAGUAGCUUAGAAAUGUAAUCUUACCAAGUUUGUUUAAUUUCACCUUCUAUAGACCCCUUGCACUGAGUCCCAAGAGGAAUUGUUCUGAAAUGUUUUUGCAUAAGAAAAGAUGGCCUAUUGUUUUGUCCCCCAGAACAAUCCAAUGCAAGGGGUCUGUGCUAAAGAAAUUAAAAUGAUGUGCUGUUUGGCUCAAGCUCAAUGUUUAACAUAAAUAAGUGGUAUAUGUGCAGGUAUUGUUAUAAAUAAAUAUAAAAAAGUGAUGCUUGAGAAGUGCUGAAUCUGUUUUGAACAAAAAAUAAUCAAAUUUAGAGCUUAGUGAAUAGCUUUUUAAGUUCUAUGUUGUACAGCCCAGCCCUAAAGUUUACAUGACGUAUUAAAAGACAGUAGAGUGACAUGA